UUACGUUUGUGAUAAACUCUACAGGGGUUAUUAUUGUUGAAAUGGGGUAACAUCAGUGGUUUACUGAUAGACUUGUUUAAUUCCUCAGAAUAAUAUUUGUUAGUGAUACUGAUAGCAUGAAAUGCUAUCUUGGGCAAAUGUUCACGUUUAGUAUUUAGAGCCAAGCGCUGAGCUUAGUUUCGUAGGACGUCAUUUGUUUAGGUUGUUAAUACGAACAUUUCAGCACAAGCUAUGUGGCAUUAACUUGUAUGGGAGGCGACCACGGCCACAACAAGAUGUCCAUGCCAGACUGGCGACAGUGGAAGGUGGAGGGCACACCACUGGAAUUUACACAGCAAAGGCUGGCAGCCAGGGGCCUCAAGGACCCAUGGGCCCGUAACGAGGCAUGGAGGUACUCGGGUGGCUUUGCACGUGCUGUAACUCUGUCCGAUGUUCUACUGAGAGGAUUCAAGUGGGGCUUUGCUGCCUUUACUGUUGCUCUGGCUGUUGAGUACGCCCUGUUCCCCCCAAAGAAGGGUUCCCACUAAUGCACAUCCUAAGUCCGAACCUCUAUCCCAAGUUAAAACCUUUGAUUCUAAUGUUAUUCUGAGUUCGCAUUCAUUAAAAUGUCUCUUUAAUCACCA